AUGCCAAACGGAGCAAGACAAAUUCUAAAAACCGAAAUAGCGACAGGGGAGGUUAUGGAAUAUCCAAGCACACUUGCGGUUCAUGUCCAUAUAUUCGAAUCCGAGAAAACUGGUGAACUGCCGGAUAUGGUAACAUUCAUGGAAAAGACGCAUAAGAGGAAAUCCGAUGGCCUUUUUGUAGACAAAAAGGCUGAGCAUAUUGCUCGCAGAUGCAGAGCGCUUGAGGAAGAGAAACUCACACAAAUGACCCAAGGCGAAGAAACUUGCGGCGAUCUCCAACUCACUCAAGCCGAAAAAAAUGCCAUUUACGAUUCUGAGGUUAAAGUAACAAAAAAUGGUCGCCGUUUUGGGUAUGGAACAAUGGAUAUCGGUGAACCAAGUGGUCCAAGUUAUGCAACUCAAUCUCCGGAUUACAAAGCAUUGUAUCUGGAGACACAAACAAAGCUCGUCCAAGUUACCAAUAAGUGUGAUGAGUUGUCUUCUCAAGUUGAAGAUGCUCAGUAUUGGAGUACUGUCAUGCGAAACAUGUUCCCUGAUCAUGUCCCACCCUCUCAAGCUGCAAGACAAGCUGCAACCGCUAAUAACACCUUCGAAGCCUAA